UCCUGUUCGUGAAGCGUACGAUUCAACUUACCGUGGAAGUUUGUUUUGUUCCUAAUUUUAACGUAACGUAAACACACGUGAGCUACCAUGGGGAAACGACAACACCAGAAGGACAAAAUGUACAUUACGUACACAGAGUGGACCACACAGUAUGGUGGUAAAAAGGCUGGUUCUGAUAUUGGUGAGAAGGCUGCUUUCAGACGAUUGCCUUUUGAUCAUUGCAGUCUCUCAUUGCAGCCAUUUGAACAUCCUUACUGUACACCAGAUGGUACAAUAUAUGAUUUGACGAAUAUUAUGCCAUAUAUAAAGAAGUUUGGAACCAAUCCUAUCACUGGAGAGCCAAUGGAAGCAAAAACAUUGAUCAGAUUAUAUUUUCAUAAGAAUGCUGAAGGGAAAUAUCACUGCCCUACCACAUACAAGGUGUUCACAAAAAACUCUCAUAUUGUUGCUAUAAAACCAACCGGUAAUGUCUAUGCUUAUGAUGCAGUAGAAACGCUGAAUAUCAAAACAAAAAAUUUGCGUGAUUUACUGACUGAUGAGGCUUUCACACGUAAAGACAUAAUUACAUUGCAAGAUCCGAAUAAUUUGGAUAAAUUCAACAUAGCUACGUUCCAUCAUGUCAAAAACAGUCUCAAGGCCAAUGAUGAAGAAGAGAAAAAGGCAAGAGAAGAUCCAUCAUAUUAUUUAAAAGCAACCACAUCUGUGACCACAGACAUUUUAAAUGAACUUUACAGAGAAUAUAAACCAAAGGAUGAUAAAAAGGAAGAAGUGAAAAAAGCAGACAACAUUAAUGCUGCUCAUUACAGUACAGGAGCAGUUGCUGCAGGUUUCACCUCAACAACUAUGACACCGCAAACUGAACACGAAGCAGCUUUGAUUGAUGAAGAUAUUGUGCGUUAUCAACGAAUCAAAAAGAAGGGAUAUGUCAGAAUAAUUACAAAUAAAGGCCAGCUCAAUUUAGAAUUACACUGUGAUAUGGUUCCAAAGACAUGUGAAAAUUUCAUGUUGUUGAGUUCAAGAGGAUAUUACAAUGACACAGUGUUUCACAGAUCUAUAAGGAACUUUAUGAUUCAAGGAGGUGACCCAACAGGUACAGGAAAAGGUGGCGAGUCUGCAUGGGGAAAACCUUUCAAAGAUGAAUUCAAACCUAAUUUGACACAUUCAGGACGUGGUAUUUUGAGUAUGGCAAACUCAGGAACGAACACAAAUAAAUCACAGUUUUUCCUGACUUUCCGAUCAUGUAGACACCUAGACAACAAGCACACUGUAUUCGGCAGAAUUGUUGGUGGUUUGGAAACUUUAAGUGCCAUGGAGGCUAUUGAGACUGAUCGAAAAGACAGACCAAAAGAAGAAAUAAAAAUAGACACAAUAUCAGUCUUUGUUAAUCCUUUUGAUGAAGUUAAUGCAGAGCUGAAGAAAGAAAGGGAAAAAGACAAGAGAACUCAAGAAGCUGCCAGGAAUAAACCUUCUUCUACCGUAUCAGUGGCUCCCAAAUCUGAUGUACCACCUACAGUCUACAGAGCAGGUGUUGGCAAAUACAUAUCUGCUGCUACUGCCAGUGCCAGCAAGAAGUCAACAGAAGAAGAAUCUACAAAAUCCCAAUCUAAGAAGAAGUCAAAAGGUGGAUUUGGUGAUUUCAGCUCAUGGUAGAAGACUUUAAAACACUGUCAGGAGCAUGUCUUAGCUUGUUUCAUUGGCUCCCAGCAUCCAUGGCUUAUGUACAUCAGAUCAGAACCAUUGUAGGAUUACAGAAUAUACAUGCCUUAAAUAAAGGCCCUGAUGAUUGUCCCUGGGAGUGAUGUUUUAUACCCCAAGACUAUUCUGAUAAACAUUAUGAGCUAUUUGGUCAUCGUUAUUUUCACUGUCACCAGAAAACUGUAUGUAAAAUGUGAAAUUAUUGCUAGCAGAAAUGUUUGGAUGAUUUGAUAACCCUGGCAAUUGACUAAGUCAUGUGACUUCUUUUCUAAAAAUUUCACUUCACUUUCCUUUUCUGUUAAUAAUAGUGUAAGCUGCUUUGAUAUCAGAAAUUUUUCAUGAAUCAUGGAAAUAUUGACAGCAUUGAAGAUUUCUCUGAGGUCUUUGAAUCGGUGUCAAAGUAAACUGAUCAGGAAAACCGCUCUCUCUAUCAUUCUCUCUUGCAAUAUUCCUAGAAACAUUGACAGCAGUGUUAAUGACUUUGCCUGCACCGAUAGGAAUGUAAGAACACAAUUGCAUAUUAAAAGCCCCACUAUAAUAAUAAUAAUAAUAAUUGUUUAUUGCAUCUUUAGAAAUGUACAUUUCAUUCAGUACAUGUAUAUAGCAAUAAAAAUAUUAAUCAAUCCAAAAAAAUACAAAAAUAUGUAUGACAAAGGUUAUGUAUGAACAAAUGAUAAUUCUGUGUUAAAAUGUAGAAUAAUUGUAGGAUUCAAUAAUUCCCUAUUGUGAUAUUUCAAUCAAAAUCUGACUUCAUUUUAAAUACAUGAAAAUGGUUUUGUGCAGGAGCACUUGCUUGUUGAAAUUGAAACUGCUGAGGCCAAACAACACCUCUUCUGAAUAUCACAGGAAUGUUGCAAGGAAAAUUGAUCGAGAUUGUGGUUUUUCUAAUCAGUUUAUUUUGGCGCUUACUGUAGGGUAAUGAGUCACAGUGACUUUUGCUAGAUUUUGAAAAAUUAUCUCACAAAACCCAUGGCCAGUGUGUUGUGUCCUACACAGUCCACAACAUCAAUAUAAAUGAAUAACCCAAUCUAUCGGUCAUUCAGUUUAAUAGUAGUCAAAUACGCAGAGAUCAGUACCGUAGCAGCUAUGUAUGUACUAUUUUAAGCCUUCCAUCUGGUUUUCGACAAUAACGAUCUGCUUUGUACCAAUGUUUCUAUCUGUUUUGUGAGAUUCGAUCGUGGCAUGUAUGUGUCCCACCCAAUGAACAAAUUUAAGUUGCAUUCUGAUGUGUCAGGUACCAUCCCCUUUGGCUUCGUUUAUUGAAGUCAUAUCUCUGUCAUUUAUGUGAGUGCUACUAAUUCUCGGGGGCGGACAUCUGGGCAUUUUCAUUGCCUGGCAACCAUUACAGUGAAAACAAAGGCCGAAAAGUCUCAGAAAACGGCACUUUUGGUUGUUUAGACUCCCUUGAACAGUGUAACAAGAUUACCCCCGCGUGUGCAACAUACAUGUAUAUAAAUUCGGUUGUUCAGGAUUACGAUACUUCAAAGUUUAGUUUGUGUUGUUUUCUCGAAUUUAUCUAUUUUCACCGACUCCUCAAUUGGUGUUCCACACAGAGCCCAUAGAAAUACGUGGUACACGUCUUAGCAACGUGGAACGUCUUGUAAUGUAGCUCCACCCCUGAGGAUAGAGCAAAUAUGAUACAUUAUUGCUUUGUUGAUGAAAACAGAUCCACAAUCUGCUUAUAGGGAUUUGAACACUUAUUCCAGCCAUGCCAUUUCACCUUGUCAGUCAAGUUGUGCCUUUAACAAUGACUAAAUUCUAGUUUGUCGUAAGGGUGCAAUCCAUGCAUAACUGUAACUACAGUAAGGUCCAAUUCUACUCGUUGGUAGUACAUGUGGUAAUUAUCCCAAAGGUGAAAAGUAGAGAGAGAGAGAGAGAGAGAGAGGGGUAGUCAAUUUAUUUAUCAUUACUAGUUAGAUAUGUAGCUUUUGCACUGUAAAAUUUUUAACUUGUAUUUUUUGUCCAUUCGUAUUAAUAAUAAAAAUAAAUAUUCAU